AGGGGCGGAGCGGGGUGUUCGAGCCCUGUUCAAGCUCUGUUCAAGCCCUGUUCAAGCCCUGUUCAAGCCCUGCUCAAGCCCAUGCCCAAUCCAUGUUCAAGCCCUGCUCAAUCCCUGUUCAAGCCCUGCUCAAUCCCUGUUCAAACCCUGCUCAAGCUCUGUUCAAGCUCUUUUCAAGCCCUGCUCAAGCUCUGUUCAAGCCCUGCUCAAGCUCUGUUCAAGCCAUGCUCAAGCUCUGUUCAAGCCCUGUUCAAGCCCUGCUCAAUCCCUGUUCAAGCCCUGCUCAAUCCCUGCUCAAUCCCUGUUCAAUCCCUGUUCAAGCCCUGCUCAAGCCCUGUUCAAGCCCUGCUCAAUCCCUGUUCAAUCCCUGUUCAAGCCCUGCUCAAGCCCUGCUCAAGCCCUGUUCAAGCCCUGCUCAAUCCCUGCUCAAUCCCUGUUCAAUCCCUGUUCAAUCCCUGCUCAAGCUCUGUUCAAGACCUGUUCAAGCCCUGUUCAAGCCCUGUUCAAGCCCUGUUCAAGCCCUGUUCAAGCCCUGCUCAAGCCCUGUUCAAGCCCUGUUCAAGCCCUGUUCAAGCCCUGUUACAACUAACAUUUUACUCCUUGUAUUUGAGACAAAGUCACACCUUGUCUGGGUGAUUUAGAGAGAUAAUACCAAAUUGUAGCAGACAGAUUUAGUUGUUCGUAUCACAUUUUAAAUGUACAAUCUCUGAGAAAUUGACAAAAAUGCAACAAGUGUUCCAACCAUCCCUUACAAAAGAGGAUACUUAGGUGGAUAUAUUUUCUGUUUCAAUCUUGCAGCCAUUAAAUAAAGGUUAAAUAAAUCAAAUAAAACAUGUAAGAUGUGGGGGGAAAUAAUAUUUGAAUGUUUAAAAAAAUAUAUAUAUAUAUAAAUAAUUGUUUUAUUUUGUUUUAGCAGGGGGUGCUGCAGCACACUCAGCACCCUACUUCCCAUGGCUUUGCUUGCAGCAGAAGGCAGUAUAACACGUUCUCUUCUCUCCCACCCCAGAGUGUCUGGCUGCUGUUAGCUUCUUUCAAAAGGUUCAAGAAGUGGUUCAAUAGAGAAGCUGGCUUCAGAGCAUGAAGAGGACUGGUGUAGAAGAAUCAAGUCAAUAGAAUAUUGAAGCUGGAAGCACAGUUUCCAGAGACGUCGCUGCCUCGGAGCUGAGCUGACAGACGUCCCUACUCUACAUCAGGACUGGGCUGACAGACGUCCUGCUCUACAUCGGGACUGGGCUGACAGACGUCCUGCUCUACAUCAGGACUGGGCUGAAAGACGUCCCUGCUCUACAUCGGGACUGGGCUGACAGACGUCCCUGCUCUACAUCAGGACUGGGCUGACAGACGUCCUGCUCUACAUCAGGACUGGGCUGACAGACGUCCUGCUCUACAUCGGGACUGGGCUGAGCGGAGGCGGUAGUAGACUAGGCAGUGACAGAGACAGGUCACAUGUACGACGUAGUAAAGAACAUUCUACUCUGCUGUUAUGUAUGUUGCUGUAGUCCGGAGACAGACAGGGAGAGGAGAGGACACGUUUUCUUUUUAGAGAAACGGAAGGAACUUACCGUGGAUAGUUUCUGAAAACGUAUUGGAUAGAUUCUAACACAAAGACCUGGUUUGAGAGAGAGAUUUAAGCUCCGUUUUUCGGUGAAAGGUAAGCCAUGUCGUCUGCGGUGGUCGCUGCUUCUCGUAGACAGUCCUGUUAUUUAUGCGACCUGCCCCGCAUGCCCUGGGCUAUGAUCUGGGAUUUUACCGAACCCAUCUGCAGGGGAUGUGUUAACUACGAAGGAGCGGACCGGAUCGAGUUUGUGAUUGAGACAGCCCGGCAGCUGAAGCGGGCUCACGGCUUCCAGGAGGGGAGGUCUCCGGGGCCGGGGAAACAGCAGCAGCUAUCGGGGAAAGAGAUCCAGUCUAACCACCACGCGUCUGGAGGAGACCCCGGAUCCCGGCCGUCACAGCCCCUGGACCGCUACCCCCUUUCCACCUUGGACCGUCCGCUGCGGAUGGGACCGGAGUACCAGUCUGGGAGACAGGCUAACGGAAUUCCGGUACCUAAUGGAUUUCCUAAACCGGACGACCCACACGAGCUCAACCGGCAGAGCCCCAACCCGCAAAGGAAUAACACGGUUCCUCCUAAUCUAAUUCCUCUGGUGAACGGGAACAUGUCCUUGUUACACGUAGUUAACGGCAGAACCGUGUGUCCGAUGGCGAUGGGGCACCCGGGGUCCGAGCACGAGCACGGCGGCGGUAAACGGUUAGUCUCGGUCUCCUGUAGUGACCAGCACGAGAAGGAUAAGCAGCACAUACCUGACAGCCUGACACCGGAGAUAGAGCAUCACAAAGCCCGGGCGGAUGAGUGGAUGAACAAGGGGAAAACAGUCAGGGACUUGAUGGUUCUCCAUACUUUCGACAGCCGGUUGAAGAAGGAUCAUGCAGCCAUGCAACAGAGGGCGAUGGGCUAUGAGCAACAGCAGAACGGAGCUGCUUCCAAAUCAGACAGGGGAAAACACCCACGGACUAUGAAAAGGAAAGCAUCGCCAGAACCUGAGGGGGAGAGAGAGGGAACCGCCGCCAAGCAUAAUGGAGAGGACAGACAGCAGUGGUUACCGGGUCCACCAUCUGACCGUGACGGACAUAAAAUGCCCCCGGGACCACCACCAAGCUUCUCCUCCGUCACCACCAAUACCAUAUCCCCCCACUCACGCACCACCCCACCGGAAGCUGCGCAGAACGGCCAGUCCCCCAUGGCGGCGCUGAUCCUCGCGGCAGACAACGCCGGUGGUGGCGGGAACAGCUCGCCCAAAGACGGGAACCAGGUCCACUCCACCACGCGCCGCAACAGCAGCAGCCCGCUCUCGCCCUCCUCCAUGAACCAGAACCGCCGGCCCACACAGGGUAAGGAGGCAUCCGGCAUUAUGGGGACACUUCACGUGCCAGGGGGUGGAAUGAUGGACCAAGGGCAUCAAAGCAUUCCGGACUCGUCAGUACCCGGGAGCGUACCCCUCUGCUGCACGCUCUGUGACCAGAGGUUAGAGGACACUCACUUUGUUCAGUGUCCGUCGGUUCCCUCGCACAAGUUCUGCUUCCCGUGUUCGCGGCAGAGCAUUAAACAACAAGGAGCCACCGGGGAGGUGUACUGUCCCAGCGGGGAGAAGUGCCCGUUGGUCGGCUCUAACGUACCGUGGGCUUUCAUGCAAGGAGAAAUCGGCACUAUCCUUGCAGGGGACGUCAAAGUAAAAAACGAAAUGGACACUUGAGAUUUUUUUAAUACAUUCCGUUUCUAUAUUUUUGAAAAUAAAGGUAUUUAAUUAUAAUAGAACUGGGCUCUCUCGGCCCUAUUUGUUGAUGUUUAACACGGUUGAUGUAGGCCUACUUCUAGUCAUGCAUCCCAAAAGGCACUCUAUUCCCUAAAUAGGACACUAUUUUUGAGCAGGGACACCCACAGGGACACCCACAGAGCUCUGGUCAAAAGUAGUGCCCUAUUUAGGUUACAGGUUGCCUUUUGGGACGCAGACUCUGUCUGGUGGCUGUUCCUGUUCAAAACCUGACUGAUGAUGACACCCUUCUCUACGAGGUACAUGGCAACCAACUGAAAUGCUUUUAUCUGUGACUUGUAUGCACUUGUUUCAAAAUAAUUGCCAAAUACAAUGUUUGAUGUU